AUGCCGGUGGUCGAGGUUCUUCGGAAGUUUGCUCGCUUCGUUGGGCCAGGGAUCAUCAUCAGUGUGGCAUAUAUGGAUCCUGGCAAUUAUUCUACCAGUGUCUCCGGGGGUGCACAAUUUCGCUACGAGUUGUUGUUUGUUAUUUUCGUCUCUAACAUUUUCGCCUUGAUACUACAGAGCCUGUGUGUAAAGUUGGGCACUAUAACGGGUCUUGACUUGGCUGAGAAUUGCCGUCGCCAUCUGCCGCACAGACUUAAUCUGGUUGUCUUCUUUUUCUCAGAGCUUGCCAUUAUUGCGACAGAUCUAGCCGAAGUCGUCGGAACAGCCAUUUCCCUGCAGAUAUUAUUUGGAAUACCACUUCUAUGGGGUGUUGCUCUCACAAUUCUAGAUGUGCUCAUUAUUCUUAUUUUUUACAAACCAGAAGAACAAACUAUGAAGCAGGUUAGAUUUUUCGAAUUGUUUGUGACAACGUUGGUCUCUGCUACAGUCAUUUGCUUUAUUUUGGAACUUUGCAAGAUAACGGUCCCUAGAAAAAUUGAAUUGUUCCAGGGUUUCUUUCCCACUAAACUUAUUUUCAAGGACCAACAGGCCAUGUACAUAUCCUUGGGGAUCCUGGGUGCUACCGUUAUGCCGCAUUCGUUAUUUUUGGGCUCAUCGGUAGUUAAACCGAGACUACACGAAUAUGACGUCAAAAGACAAGGCAAGUGUAGUGUACAGCCUUCCUUGGCCGCUAUUGAAUACAGCUUGAACUACUCCUAUGCAGAGCUCAUAAUCUCACUUUUCAUUAUCGCUACUUUCGUGAACUCUGCCAUUCUGAUCGUAGCUGCUGCCACGUUAUAUGGCCAACCCGAUGCCGCGGAUGCUGAUUUGACGUCAAUUUACAACUUAUUGAGUUACUAUAUUUCACCUGCUGCCGGUCUCAUUUUUGCCCUUGCUAUGCUAUUCUCGGGCCAAUCCGCUGGCGUGGUAUGCACGAUGGCCGGUCAAAUAGUUUCUCAAGGGUUCAUACAAUGGACCUGUAAGCCCUGGAUUACGAGACUAUUCACCAGAUUGAUUGCCAUUUUGCCGUGCUUUGUAAUGGCCGCAUUUUUGGGUGAAAAAGGCAUAUCAAGCAUACUGAAUUUCAGUCAAGUUGUUCUUUCGUUGAUUUUGCCCGUGGUAUCGGCACCACUCAUCUAUUUCACGUCUAACAGUAACAUCAUGUCCGUAUCAACAACGGGCCACGAAUCAGGCAUAGAUGAAGCCACUGAAACCACAUCCUUGACCAGAGACCCCGUUACUAAAGUCAAUUAUGCCAAUGGUAGAGUCCUCACUGUGUCUUCUAUUCUGGUAUGGUUCACUAUUAGUGGGCUAAAUCUGUAUCUUGUCAUUUCCUAUUUGAUGGGGGCUGAUGUCCACUUUUGA